AGGAUGGAUGACAUGAUGUAAGUUAAAGACUUGAUUCAGACAAGACUGAACUACGCUAACCUGUAACCGUAAGCCACUCACCACGACACACCUAUCAAAUGACCUAACCUAACCCCCCUUUUCUCACUCUCACUUCACUCUUCACUCUUCACUCUUCACUCUUCACUCUUCGCUCUCUCUCCUCAAUCUAUUUCCCAAAUUUCGAAUCUUCUCUUCCAUCUCUUUCUCUCUCUCUCUCUCUCUCCAUGGACCCAUCCUCGAUCCCUCCCCCUCCGGCCACCGUCGAACCCAGCAACAAUCACGUGACCCCCGCGGAAAACCCCACCCACCCCCCUUACGACGAGAUGAUAUACACAGCAAUCGGUGCUCUGAAGGAGAAAGACGGUUCGAGCAAGCGAGCCAUAGGGAAGUACAUAGAGCAAGUGUACAAGGACCUUCCACCAACGCACUCGGCCUUGUUGACUCACCACCUAAACCGUUUGAAAUCCUCUAACCUUCUCGUUAUGGUCAAAAAAUCCUACAAGCUCCCUGGAUCUGCCUCUGCUUCUCACCCUAUUCCUGUUCCUCUUCCCGCAUCUCCUGCGCUUCAACCCCAACGAAGCCGCGGUCGCCCCCCUAAGCCCAAGCCCAAUGACCCCGUCUGGGCUGCGCUUGGUCUUGCUGACGCCCAGGCUGCCAAGCGACGCCCCGGCCGUCCUAAAAAAAUUGGACCCCUUGUCAGCCCUAACCCUGCUGUCCCGGGCCGAAGAGGCCGCCCACCUGGCUCCGUUAGAUCUAAGCUGCCCAAGAGGCCUGGCCGUCCUCCCAAGCCCAAAUCCGUGUCGGCCAUCUCCAGCGGGCUCAAACGACGCCCGGGACGCCCGCCCAAAGCCCAAUCCAACCCCACCGUCAUCCCCUUCGCGGCCCCUGUUGCUGCUCUUGGCCAGCCCACAGCACCACCACUCGUUGCUGCUUCCGUGCCCAAUGGCUCUCCCAGGCCCAGAGGAAGGCCGAGGAAGAAUGUUGCCGCGGCUGCUCCGGCGCUUCUUUCUGUUGCUGGUGCUGCGCGUGGCCGUGGCCGCGGACGCCCGAAGCUCUUACCGGUCAUGAGGCAGGGCCGCCCUCCCAAGCUCGCUGUUGGAAGGCCCAAGAAUACUGCUGGCAGGCCCGUGGGCCGCCCAAAGGGAGCGACUGCUGCUGCAAUCACAGCACACAAGGCUGCUAAUGAAGAUCUAAGGAAGAAACUUGAACACUUCCAAUCAAAAGUGAAGGAGUCCCUUGGCAUGCUUAAGCCUUAUUUCAACCAUGAAAGUCCGGUGACUGCAAUUGCAGCAAUUCAGGAGUUGGAAGUGCUGUCAACUUUGGACCUUAAAGCCCCAUUGAGAGACGAGACUCAGCCAUUGCCUCAACAGCCAUCACCGCUGCCGCAGUCACUGCCACAGACGCAGGUGUAUGAGCAGCAAUAUCCUCAGAUACCAGCACAGGCACAGCUUCAGCAAUUUUUGCAACCGCAUACAUCAGCCCCAAGCUAAGCCUGAAUUUGAUGGAGAAGUUGUACAAGUGUUUGUUAUUAACAAGGCACAAGAGGUAAAAGAUCUGUAAAGCGGGUAGGAAGUAGCAGUGGUACUGAUUUUUCUUAGGGUGAAAUAACUCUGUUCAUUUUAGUUUGUUGUUGUGCACCUUUAGUUAAUUUGACCCCUCAAGUAACUAGCUGGUACUCAUGAUUCUGUUGUUAUUUAAGUUAUAUUUAUUUGACUUUUACAGUGUACUUAAUUCACAUUAAUGUGUAUGUUGCUCUCUUUAGUCA